AUGUCUCAGAAUAAUCAAGCUGAUCAACUCAUUCUCAACGCUUUAAAGAGAAAGUCGCCUUUUCGUGGUCGACCUCCGAAAGUGUAUGCUCCUAGUGCACAAUCACCAUCAACAUCCGGUCCUUCUCACCCUAUUGAGCCUUCUUCUAUCAACAGGACAGCUUCGGAGAUCCAGUCAGUUUCGGUUUCGGUGCCCUUAAAUCAUUCACAGCAGUUUCCCAAAUCGUCUCCUGGUCACAAGAUACCCCUGUCCACGGCUGAUUCCAUUGCAUCAGGAGAUACUCCUGCAUCGUCCAACGGUAUUGGUAUUGUGACACCAGAUUCGGUACCCUGGACAGAGCUGGUCAUGGCCUCCCCCUCCGCUUCAUUGUCUUCGGCCGUGCAAGCUUCAGCACCCAACUUAUCCGCUGCCGUUCCAAAAUGGUCUCCCUCUCAACCUCCGAAUCCCAUUUCGGUAGAAGAUGAGAUCAUCACUGCUAGGCAAGAGGCGGCCGGGCGCUUCCGAAUUGUCAAUAUCUCUUCCGAAUCAUACUCCGUACCACGUCCUGAGGCUCCACUCUUGGCACUCAAAGCUCCUCGCACCGACGCUAGUCUUGGGGUCAACAUACGUGCUUUGGAAACCUUCUGUCGUUUACCGAAUCCUGACCUGGUGGAUGAUGAUCGCUAUGAACAAUUCGAGGUGGCUUUUCAUCAUAUCCCGAAAGCGUUUGACUCUUUGCGUCAGGACUACCUCAUUGAGACCCAGCAUAUAUCCAAAUGUGUUCAAGUGGAAUGGUUGGAUCCCCCUGGUUUAUUACCCGCCGACAUCAGGGGAAGACAUGGCCUCUUCUUUGUCUCCGACAGUGCUGUCGCCGCAUACCCGAAUCGGACAAUCCAGCCAACUUUGAACAGUGUCCACCACCAUGUUGAGCCGAAAGCAAAGGAUGAAACACAAACAACAGCCGAAGCUCACCCUCCAACUGCUGCCAGUGCACGAUAUUCCUCAAGAGCACGUUUAAAGUGUGAUCUUUUUCUUGAGAUACGAAUGACCCCCAGCAAUAUCCGAAAAGGGGUCUGUUGUCUGAUCCGCCCGAAAGCUGCAUAUCACGGUCAACCGAACCCGUUGACAUUACUUCGGAUUUCGCCACAUCUCCGAAACCUACUCCAUGAUGCUGCAACUCUGGUGGGAACGACUGAGUCACGUCUUCGGCUUCGGUGGUACAAUUCCUUCUGCAAGAUUCACCCCUAUGUCCUAUGGGUCAAGGCAAAUUAUCCCGAGCGUCUUCCUACCACCACUGACUUCCAAACUGCCAUCCGAACGGCUCUGCGGCAGGAAAGGCUGGAUCGGCUACCACUGGCGGCGAUAAGUAUCUUACAUGAGGCCAAUCCAAGCUCUUUCCUGCAUUGUGAAUAUCCUGAAGGCCUGGCACUCGGUGGCACUCAGCCAUUCCCAGCGGACUCUUCGUUCAUUGCAAUCAUCAGUCCGAAACAUGCAUUGCAAUCAGCAAUUCGGCAUGCCACAGAUCGGGGCCUCUUUCUUGAUUCGUCUUGGAGAAAUAAGAAUGCAAUACGCUGUCCCGUCACCUUGCUAGCCACAGUAAAUGAAUAUGGUCAUAUGGUCCCUGUAGCUGUCAUGGUCUCGAAUCACGCCAACACCGAUUCCUAUACCGAAUUCUUGAGCGUUAUCCGAAAGGCUAUCAAGAAAGAAGCGAAAGCAUUACUCAAGGGCAAAUCAUCAGUGGUCUCCGAAUAUGAGAAUGAAGAGCAAAUCCUCAUCAACGCCGAAUACAUUCACGAGGAGGAUUUCCUUCCACUACAUUUCAUGAUUGAUUGUGAUGACGCCGAACGAAAGGCCAUUGAGGAGGUCUUCCCGGGAACUCCAAUUCGGUUAUGCCAAUUCCAUUUCAUGCACGCCGCCCGAUCUCGAGCACUUCGGCUAUUUGGGAGUGAUCUGGACAUUGUACCGAUCCUCCGAAGUGAGAACUUGAUAGAUGAAGAAUCUCAGCAUGAUCCGUGUGAACUGUUUCUCAGAAUGACAAGCAAAUUCAAUCAGAUCAUUGAACAGAACCCGAUUCGGAACACAUUCCAAUUCGGAGUAACCUGGGAAUAUGUCUUUCAGCCCUGUUCCCACGCAGUCCCUGUCAGGCAAGAGACAUCCUCACUGGAGAAGCAAAUGACCGUUCUCCAAAUCUAUCCACAUGGCUCAUCACUUAACCUCAUCCAGCUCAUCAACCUUUCAUUGUGGCGUUCAUGCAGUCCCCAACAUUGCUUUUCGGUACCAUGUAAUGGACGAAUGGCCGUCACUCGAGCACGAGCCAAGAUGUCCUUGGAAUCCAACAACCUGCCCCGCAUGUUACUCCUCAACAUUGUCUGGGAUCUCCGAAACCCCUCUGCACACCAAGUGAUCCACCCUUUUGACAUUCCCGAAACUAUCAACCCAGCGCAGGUUUCGGCCGUACCUCCUCCUAUACUCCCCAGCAAUCUUCCAAUGUACAGAUUGAAGGGAAUGCUCUGCCGAAAGGGGGACACCGUGCAGGUGACCAGUGGACACUAUGUGGCUUUGAUAAAGCAUGAUGAUGUGCUGUGGGAGAUUGACGACGAAAAAACCUCUCGUAUGUUUCUGAACCGGGACGCUUUCGGUGGUACACGAUUCCCGGUCUUGCUGUUCUAUACACUGGAAGAUGAAGUCAAGCCAUCAGCAAGUCAACCCAUUGCCAAAAAGAGACGACUGAAUAAGCCAAGUGGGAAAGCAAUGUCAAAAUCGGCUUCGAAUCCUGAAAUACCAAAAGCUGAAGGCCCAACACUGGAAGCACCAAACCCCCAACCUCCCGUUUCGGACGCCAUACCAGCUAAUUCUUCAAAUUCGGAGCUGCCAACUUCGGCCCCGCCAACGCUUGAACCUCCGAAUUCGGGAGAUCCGAAAGUUCCUCCUCCAAACCCAACGGAACAAGAACCUGCCCCAGUUGAUGUCCAGUCCACAAGCUUGGCGCCCACCAGUACCCCUACAGACCCCACCGCUUCUCAGCCCAAUGUUCUUCCCACAGUUUCUCAGGGUACCAUCCCUCCGAAGCCUACACAUAUUUCUCCACCUGGUGAUGAACCUCCCGAAAGCGGGCCUUCCUCGAGCAACAUGCUGUGCCAAACCAACACACCCCAGGGUGAAUCGGCUCCCCCCGAUCAAGCUAUCAGUCUCAAUCCCACUGUAGCUUCUCAAGACAUUACAGCAGAACCAGAUUCCCCAUCAUCAUCCAUGGACAUUGAUCCUCCAAGUGUCGUUCCCACUGUUGAACGCUCUCCCUCACCCGAGGUUCCGCAGUACUGUCAACUAGAAAAGGCUCAGUCAGUCAUUGCCGAAAGACUAGCACAAGUUCAGUGGCGUUCGGGGGAAUCCUUUCAACCUCUCAUCUCCGUCAGCACAUUUCAAGAUGUUGAUAGCCUUUCGGACGAUCUCCUUGAGGACCUGUGCGACCAGAUGGAAGCUAUGUUUCAUGACAUGGCCGAAGAUGAGCAUAAGGGCUUGAAGCUGCAGGGUGUAGACUCCACAUUCGGGUCAAAAACGUUGCGUAAGUUCUACGGAAGGAAUGAGUGGUACACCAAUUUCGGAAUCGAUGAUAUCUUGCUUUCGGUGUCAGCUUUCAUCCGAAAUUGUGUGAAUCUGGGGAUUGGAAUGUCUGACCCCAUACCAAACUCGUUUGUUUACCGAACCCUAGCUGCUGGUGACAACUGGAACCCAUACAUACCUGGAGGUACGCCAUGGCCUUCUCUGGGCAAGGACGGGCAAUGGAGGAAAGAGAACACAGUUGGGGUUCUGAUGUCGAGCUCCCAUUUUGAGACACUGGUAAUCUUUGGGCCACAGAAGCUGGUGUUGAUGUAUGAUGGGGCAGGGGGGACUUAUGAUUCGGGAGAACAGAAGAAGCAAUGGUCACGCCUGCUAGAACGCCGUUUGUCCUGGGAAGUCAGAAAAGGCAUAGCAACAGAGGCUGAAGCUAUGGGUUGGUUGAUUGCUCCAAAUUCUCAGGCUACCAGGGAUAACCUGGACUGGGUUACACAAGUGGACUCACACAGCUGUGGUCCUCUAGCAUGUGCCGCUGCAUGUCUUCUUCUCCAGGGAAUCAGACCGACUGCUUCUGUGCUUGGGGUGAAAUCAUCAACUCUGGCUAGAGGUGAGAGUAGAAAACUACGAACAAGUGUGCUUCAACUGGUGCUUGCAAUGGCUGCACGGGAUCCAGCAAAUGAGUCUAUAUUCAGUCCGAAAGUGAAAAAAUUGAUGGACAAGUCUGUACCUUCCAUGACUUACUACAUAGAUCGCCUGUAG